GCCGGUAUUUUUUCAGCGGCGCAGUCGAAAUUUUUUAAAAUUUUGAAGGCCAAGAAGCCAAAAAUCCUCUUAAAAAUAUUACAACAAAUUAAAAAUAGGGAAAAAUAUGGCAAAUGUGUAAAAUCAGGAAAAACUGGUGAAAAGGUCAAAAAAGGUGUAAAUAAGGGUAAAGGGACCCUGAGUAUCACUCCUCCGAACCUUAAAAUUUUUAACAAUGAAAAUUUUUUAAGUUUUACCAACCUCUGAUAAAAUAACAAAAUAUUUAUUCCACAUACCAAUGACAAAGUCUUGUGUAUUGGCGGUGACACCUAACUAUUUGACUACUUUUUCCCACGGACGACAUAAUACUUUUAAAAUUGGUGAACAGCUCCUAGUUUAUAACGAUAAUUACAAAUAUGAAACAACAAUUGAAUUUAUCUCAAAAAAAUACGAUUUUGUAUUGUUAAAAUCUGAAAAUAAAUGUAUUGAAGAAGGGCCACCAAUCGACUAUGUGCAUUCUACUGGUUCUGAAAUAUGUUUAAUUGGAUUUCAAAGCGAUUUUGAACACCUUUCAACCAAAAAAGGAAAAAUUUUUUCUGACGAAAUGGAAACUUUUAAAGUUGGAUCAGAUGAUGUAGGACCUUUCUUAAUCGGUACCAUUUCUCCAUCAAGUUGUGAUGAUGGUGCAGGUGUUUGGAGCGCUGAUGGAUUAGUCGGUUUAAAUCUUGGAGCUGUUACAUGUCAUGGAGAUGCUGGGAACUCAACAAUGAAUAUGAUGGUGGUUAUGGAGGAUGUUUUGUUCGAGAUCAAAGUAUUUUUUUAA